AUGGUCCUCAACAGAGUUGACGACGAGAUGGCCGAGAUCGAGGAGGACGCGUCUCCGACCGUCUUUCCCACGCGCAUCUCCCGGGCCAGCUUGGAGCGCCGCAACAGCCUCGACGCUACGCUCGCCCACAUACCCACGGCCUCGUCCUCGUCCUCGUCGGAAGAUGCUGCCAGCGCGCGCCACCGCCACGCUUCGGGCGAACCGGGCCCGUCUGGCCUUAACCGCACCCUCUCCAUCGUCGACCUCGAGCGGAUUCAGACGGCCAAAAGCCAGCGCAGCGGCACCGUCGGCCGCUCGCACACUGGCAGCCGCUCGCACAAGCCGCUGCCGGCCUUUGGUGCCGGCAAGCCCUACCCGCCGCAAAUGGACCAGGAGAAGUACGUGGUCGAGUUCGACGGCCCGGACGACCCGUUGCACGCCCAGAACUGGCCUCUGAAGAAGAAGUUGUACACCGCUGCCAUCCUCGGCUUCACCACCAUGACGGCCGCCUUCACAUCCAGCAUCUUCUCCGCCGCAACGUCCCAUGUGGCUGCCGAGUACCACGUGUCCGCAGAGGUUGGCACGCUCGGUGUGUCCUUUUACGUCAUGGGCUUCGCCUUUGGUCCGACUCUGUGGGCCCCGCUGUCCGAGCUCAAGGGCCGUGUUAUGCCGCUCGCCAUCUCCAUGUUUGGCUUUUCCGUCUUCUGUAUCGCCGUCGCCACCGCCAAGGAUCUGCAGACGGUGCUGAUCUGCCGUUUCUUUGGUGGCUUUUUUGGCGCUUGUCCACUGGCCGUCGUCGCCGCCGUCUUCUCCGACAUGUUUGGCAAUCAGACGCGCGGCAUCGCCAUCACCAUCUUCUCCAUGGCUGUCUUCUCGGGCCCGCUGCUGGCGCCCUUUAUCGGCGGCUUCAUCUCAACGUCGUACCUCGGCUGGCGCUGGACCCAGUACAUCCCGGCCUUUAUGGGCUUCUUCUGCUUCGCCCUCAUCGUGCUCUUCCAGGAGGAGACGUACCCGCCGGCCAUCCUGGUCCAGAAGGCCUCGAACCUGCGCCGCGCCACGCUCAACUGGGGCAUCCACGCUCGCCAGGACGAGAUUGAGGUUGACCUGAAGGAGCUGAUCACCAAGAACUUCUCGCGUCCCAUGCGCCUGCUCUUCCUCGAGCCCAUCGUCACGUCGCUGUCGGUCUAUAUGGCCUUUGUGUACGGCAUCCUGUACCUCUUCCUGACGGCCUACCCGUUUGUCUUCCAAAAGGUCCACCACAUGACACCCGGUGUUGGCGGGCUGCCUUUCUUCGGCAUGAUCAUCGGCCAGUUGCUGUCCGGGCUCAGCGUGCUCCUGCAGCAGCCGUGGUACAACCGCAAGCUGGCGGCCAACAACAACGUGCCCAUUCCCGAGUGGCGCCUGCCGUCCGUCAUCGCCGGUGGCGUCUCCUUCACCUGCGGCAUCUUCUGGUUCGGCUGGUCGGGCUACAAGGAGAGCGUGCACUGGAUCGUCCCGACGCUCUCUGGCCUCAUGACCGGCUUUGGGCUCAUGUCCAUCUUCCUGCAGUCGCUCAACUACCUUGUCGAUGCCUACCUCAUGUUUGCUGCCUCAGCCAUUGCUGGCAACACCUUUUUGCGGUCGCUCUGUGGCGCCGGCUUCCCCCUGUUCGCCACGUACAUGUUCAACGGCAUGGGCAUCGAGUGGGCCAGCACGCUGCUCGGCUGUGUCGGCGGCGCCCUGGUGCCCAUCCCCGUCAUCUUCUACAUCUAUGGCGAGAAGAUUCGGGGCAUGAGCAGCUAUGCUCCUGGCGGUCAGGCCGGCAAGAGCUCUGACGAGGACGAGCCGGAGCCGGUUGGUGUUAGCCGGGCCGUGGCCAACGGUGAUAUCGAGGCCGGAGCAGUCAACAGGAAGGAGGAGUAG